AACAGCUCUUGUGUUGGUCACACUUGCCCUUCUCAUCGAACCGAAAUCGCUUUUAUAAAAGACAAAAGUGCAGCUGGUCGAAAGUUGCAUUAACGAAACUUCGAAAGUAUUAAACACUCGACAUUCGGCAGCUAUCCACGCCGCACACACACAUCACUUUAGCGCGAACCACUAGUGCAACCAGCUCCACAGGCCGGCUCCAUUUAGAUCCAUUAACUGCAGCAGAACUACCAAUCCAACAGAAACCAUGUCAUCCCGCAAGACCGCCGGACGUCGAGCCACCACCAAGAAGCGCGCCCAACGCGCCACCUCCAAUGUGUUCGCCAUGUUCGAUCAGGCGCAGAUCGCCGAGUUCAAGGAGGCCUUCAACAUGAUCGACCAGAACAGAGAUGGCUUCGUCGAGAAGGAGGAUCUGCACGACAUGCUAGCCUCGCUGGGCAAGAACCCAACGGACGACUAUCUCGAUGGCAUGAUGAACGAGGCGCCCGGCCCCAUCAACUUCACCAUGUUCCUCACGCUCUUCGGCGAGCGGCUGCAGGGCACCGAUCCCGAGGAUGUGAUCAAGAACGCCUUCGGCUGCUUCGACGAGGAGAACAUGGGCGUCCUGCCCGAGGAUCGCCUGAGGGAGCUGCUCACCACCAUGGGUGAUCGGUUCACAGACGAGGAUGUGGACGAGAUGUAUCGGGAGGCGCCCAUCAAGAACGGUCUGUUCGACUACCUCGAGUUCACGCGCAUCCUUAAGCACGGUGCCAAGGACAAGGAUGAGCAGUAAGAUCGACAGCCAUCGAUGCAUAAGCCAGCUGCCUCUCCAAACAAUCCAUCAUGAGUUUCGUUUUGAUAAUUUGAUAUAUAUAUAUUUUUUUUGCUCUCGCGCCUUAUGUUCUUUGAAUUCCUGAUAAUCCUGUACUUACCUGUGCAUUUAAAUUAAAACAAAAGUAGCCAACACAAGCGAAUGUUACUGUACGAUACUAUAGUGUGUGAUGUUGGAGCCAGAUAACACGAUUUCCCGAAAAACUCCUUUCAUAAGUAUUAACUCAUUGAAUAUACAUAUAUAUUACCUAUAUACAAAUACAUACUUAUACAAGAA